AUGUCUACCAGAGCUACAGUAUCGUCGCUUUAUCGACGCUCCCUUAAACUUUCCUUAGACUGGUGUGUACAUCGAUACCUUUGGAGAGGCCAAGCAUUGUACAUCAGAUCAUUAUUCGAGGCACAAAAGAUUGCCCACGACCCAAGAUUGCAGAGGGCAAGUUACUCAAUUGGUGCAUUAUUCAAAGAGACAGAGGAUUUACUUGAGAAGUGGAAGCACCCGGAUCCAUAUCAUCCACCCACUGCUCCUGGAGGAUCGAAAUACGAACGGAACCUUCCAUCACCAAUCCUCGACCCUCCACCAAAGAUGGUUUUGUAA